ACAAUCAUGCCCAUCCAAAAGCUCAAAGUCGGCAUGGCCGGCCUCGGCCGCGUAGGCAAGAUCCACGUCAACAACUUCCUGCACCAGACCCCGCGCGCGGACCUGGUGGCCGCUUUCUCACCGGACCCUGCGGAGAUCACCUGGGGCAGACAGCACCUCGAGCCCUAUGGCGUCACGCUGUACGAUGACUACGACAAGAUGCUCGAGCACCCGGGCCUACAAGCCGUGGUCAUCGGCACGGCCACCUCCGUGCACGCCGAGGAGACAAUGAAAGCGAUUGACCGGGACCUGCACGUCCUCUGCGAGAAGCCUCUCUCGACGAGCGUUGAAGUAUGCAAAGCCGUCGUCCAAAAAGCCAAAAUCAAGCCCCACCUCAAAGUAAUGUGCGGCUUCUCCCGACGCUUUGACACCUCCUACCGCGAAGUGCACUCCAAGAUCACGCAGGGGCUAAUCGGGCGGCCGUCAAUCCUGCGCAGCCAGACGUGCGACAAGUACGACCCGUCCGGGUUCUAUGUCGCCUACGCCGCCUGGUCUGGCGGGGUGUUCGUGGACAUGUCCGUGCACGACAUCGACCUGACCCUGUGGUUUCUGGGGGAGGACUCGAUCCCGAAGAGCAUCUCGGCGCACGGGAUCACGGCCGUGCAGCCCGAACUCAAACAGUACAAUGACUACGAUAACGCUGUGGGCAUCGUCGAGUUCUGGGGCGGCAAGAUCGCCUACUACUACUGCUCGCGCAUGAUGCCGCACGGCCAGGAGGACACCACCGAGGUCAUUGGCACCGAGGGCAAGCUGUCCGUCAACAUCAACCCGCAGCGCGACUUUGUGAACUACUACCACUCCGGCGGCAUCACGCGCGAGGUGCCCCCAACUUUUGUUGGGCGGUUUGGUGAGGCGUUUGUGCGUGAAGCGAAUGAGUUCACGGCCGCGUGUCUGGAGGGGACGCCCUUGCCGGUAAGGUUGGGGAAUGCCGUUAAGGCUGUCGAGAUCGGGGCGUAUUUGCAGGAGGCGUUGGUGACGGGUAAGCAGAUUCGGUUCGAUGAGAUUGGGCGGAGGGUGGAGACUGCGCAGCUUUGAAGGGGGGUUGGAUGCUAUCGCUGGUCAGAUAGAUUACCACUAUGUGAGAUAACGGAAAAUAUGCUAGAAACUAACAAC